AUGCCUAGUCGCACUUCGUCUACCCCUUUAUACCCGUUUACACCGGAUACCAGGUCCACCCGCCCAAGUACCAGCAGGACGGCUGUCGGAGGACAUCGAGUAACUCGACCCGCAACAGCAGCAACUACUGCAGCAUCCCGGGAGAUUAUAUGUGCUAUAAGUGAAUCCAGGGGCAUCUCUCCAGCCGUUGGAUUGGCUUUUAUCAACUUGUCUACAUCAGAAGCUGUUCUUUCACAGAUUUGUGAUACCCAGACCUAUGCUAGAACAGUCCACAAGCUUGCCGUAUUUGAACCUUCGGAGGUGCUCUUUAUGAACACUUCCAAAGAACCUCUUUCAAAAUUAUAUGCUAUUUUUGAGGAGAACCUCCCCCAUAUCCGGAUCAUUACAUUCGAUAGGAAACACUGGUCUGAGCAGAACUGUCAUGACUAUGUUGAGCGAUUAGCCUUCAAAGAAGACACGGAAACCAUCAAAAUGGCUUUAGAGGGCAGUUAUUUCUCUGCCUGCUGUUUCGCAGCUGUAUACACCCUCUCUGAGUACCUCUAG